AUGAUGAGCUUCCUGUGUCUGUGGGGACUCCUCCUGGCCGCCCCUGCCAGCCUGCAGGCCCGCUCUGCCCUGCGCUUCAUUGCAGUCGGCGACUGGGGCGGGCAACCCGACCCCUUCUACACCAACCGCGAGGUGGCUGUCGCCGAGGAAAUGGCGGCCACGGUCUCGGCUGCUGGGGCUGACUUCAUCCUGUCCCUCGGAGACAACUUCUACUACACUGGGGUGAAUGACCUGUAUGACAAACGGUUCCAGGAGACCUUUGAGACUGUCUUCCGGGCACCCUCCUUGCGCAACGUGCCUUGGUAUGUCAUCGCUGGGAACCACGACCAUUUGGGAAACGUCUCAGCCCAGAUCGCCUACAGCAAGAUCUCCAAGCGCUGGCGCUUCCCCAAAUCCUACUACAAGCUGAGGUUCAAGGUGCCCGGCAGCAACGCCACCGUCGCCAUCCUCAUGAUCGACACGGUGACCAUCUGCGGCAAUUCCGACGACUUCCAGGACGAGCAGCCCCGGGGCCCCAAGGAUCUGGGCGUGGCCCGUAGCCAGCUGGCCUGGCUGCGCAAACAGAUGGCCAAGUCCAAGGACGACUACCUGCUGGUGGCCGGGCACUAUCCGGUGUGGUCUGUGGGGAAACACGGCCCCACCGCGUGCUUGGUCAAGCUCCUCCAGCCCCUGCUGCAGCAACACAAGGCCACGGCCUACCUGUGCGGCCACGACCACAACCUGCAGUACUUGGAGGACAAAGCCGGCGUGGGGCACGUGCUGAGCGGAGCAGGCAAUUUCAUGGAUGACUCCACAAAAAAUCUCCAUUCAGUCCCGGCCGGUUACCUGCGUUUCUUCUAUGGCCAGUUGUCUUCUCUGGGGGGAUUCACCUACAUUAAGAUCGACGAGAAAGAGAUGAGCAUCACCUACCUGGACAGCAAGCGCAGGUCACUCUACAAGACCUCGUUGCCCCGCAGGAAACUUCGCUGAAGCAGGGCAGCCUCCACCACCCAGACUUGAAGGCAGAGGCGG